AUGAAAAUCAAGGCGUUGACACGAUCGUUGGAUAAUCAUGCGCCUGCUCGUCUUGGCGAUGCAGCGCCCGUCCAGCGAAAUCUGGAUCCGCAUAUGCAUCCGUUUGAAAAGCCACGAGAGUAUACACGAGCACUGAACGCCGCCAAGUUGGAUCGCUUGUUUGCGAAGCCAUUUGUGGCAGCUCUAGAAGGGCAUAUCGAUGGGGUGUACGCACUAGCACGCCAUCCAAAGCGUCUGGACAUUAUGGCCAGUGGUAGUGGCGAUGGCGAGAUCAAGCUGUGGGACUUGAAUCACCAGCGCUGCCUGUACACAUACCCACGCGCGCAUGCAGGCAUCAUUCAGUCUCUCUGCAUUUCGCCUCUUUCAUUCUCGAACGGCACGGCAUCGAAGCGCAUGCUUUCCUGCUCGACGGACCGCACGAUCAAGAUGUGGAAUGCAGACCCUGUGCCUGCAGGGCAUGGCGAGUUUGCCGAGUACAAAGAAAGUGACGAUGAGGACGAGGACGAUGAAGUGUCAGGUGCCCAUGAUGCGGCGCUCUUUAGCUUGCAGCCGCACGAGCAGGCGCCAAGUGAGCCGUUGACCGUGUACCAAGGCAAAACGGCGUUCAAUUCCUUAUCGCACCAUGCGCAUUUGCCGCGUUUUGCAUCGGCGUCAAGCACUGUGCAAAUUUGGGACAUGAACCGUGGCGGUGGCUCUGAUGCCCUUGUUACGAUGCAGAUGGGAAUUGAUGCUGUGCAUGUGGUGCGGUACAAUCAGAGUGAGACGGAUGUGCUCGCCAGUGCGGGUACAGACCGUGGCAUUACGCUGUACGAUGUCCGCAGUGGCAAACCACUGCACAAAGUCGUUCUGACCAUGCGCGCGAACGACAUUGCGUGGUCGCCCAUGGAGCCCACGACGUUUGCGGUGGCCAGUGAAGACCACAACAUGUAUACAUUUGACAUGCGGAAUCUGUCAUCUGCAACGCAGAUUUACAAGGGCCACGUCGGUGCGGUGAUGUCGGUGGAUUGGGCUCCGACGGGGCAGGGCCUUGUGACGGGCUCGUACGACCGAACCGUGCGUUUGUGGGACGUCGGCAAGGGCGCACGAUCUCGCGAUGUGUACCAUACGAAGCGCAUGCAAAAGGUGUUCUCUGUGGCCUAUACGCUGGAUGCGCGAUUUGUGCUGAGUGGCUCGGACGAUGGCAAUGUGCGCCUGUGGAAGCAUAGCGCGAGCGAUAAGCUUGGGAUUGUAUCAGCGCGUGAGCGGGCAAGUCGUGAGUAUGCACAGGCCCUGCGUCGGCGCUGGAACAGUGUGGGUGAUGUGGCGAAGAUUGAGCGUCAACGUCAUGUGCCCAAACCGAUCCGAUCUGCACAGAAGCUGCAGCAUACGAUGCUCGAGGCUCGGCGCGUCAAGGAAGAACGCCGACGAAAGCAUACCAAGAGUGGUACCAAGAAACCCAAAGCUGCCCGAAAAUCGGUGGUGCUCGAAGAAAAAGAGUAG